AUGGCUUCAAUAUUACCAAAACCAAAUAAAACGCGUUUAGCACAAUUAGCGGAAUUAUCAGCAAAAAUUUUUAAUAAUGUAUAUAAUCCAAAGGGGGAAAGAACAGGAAAUAAAAUACUUCGUCAGAAACUUAUAGGUCCUACAGUAGUUGAUUGGUAUCCGAAAAGAAUAAUAACUUUACGUAAAAUUACUGAUAUGUUUCCAAGAAUGGAAUUAGUUAAUCAAGAAGAAAAAUUACGGUUAGAAGAAAUUGCUAAAAGAAAGAAACGUGGUAAAGGUGCACCAAAAAAAGUUCAUACACAUGAAUUACCACCUUUAACACCCACGACCUUGCAUAUACAUUUUCUCGCUUCACCCAUUAAUCCAUCUGAUAUUAAUCAAAUCGAAGGCGUUUACCCAUUGAGACCUACAUUCACAAAAGAAUUAGGUGUUUUAUCUGAUGGAGAACAUAAAGAAUUGGCCGUUGGUGGAAAUGAAGGUGUGGCAGAAGUGAUUGCUGUUGGAGAUCAGAUUAAAGAUUUAAAAGUUGGUGAUUGGGUUGUAAUUGGAAGAUCUGGAUUCGGUACUUGGCGUACACAUGCCGCAGCAACUCCAAAUGAUGUGACACGUAUCGAUAAUAAGGGAAUUGGAUUAAUUCAGGCUGCAACUAUGACAGUGAAUGCUUGUACCGCAUUUCGCUUGUUAAAAGACUUUGUUACAUUAAAGGAAGGGGAUUUUGUGAUUCAGAAUGGGGCUAAUAGCGGUGUUGGACAAUCUGUGAUUCAAAUUGCUAAUGCAUGGAAUAUAAAUACGAUCAACAUUGUUCGAAAUAGACCUGACAUUGAUGAUUUAAAAGCGCGUCUAAAAUCGCUUGGCGCGACACAUGUAGUUACCGAUGAAGAAUUAGGAUGUUAUAAAACUAAAGAAUUGAUAAAGGAAUGGACAAGUAUUAACAAUAAUGUAGGGGUUAAAUUAGGCCUUAACUGCGUUGGUGGAAAAGUAUCAACAGAAAUGGCAAAAUAUUUAUGUCGUUCCGGAUAUCAUAUAACAUACGGAGCCAUGUCAAGGCAACCAAUUACAAUUCCAGCAUCACUUUUAAUAUUUAAAAAUAUAAAAUUUCUUGGAUAUUGGAUGUCAAAAUGGAAUCAAGUUCAUUCAAAGGAAGAAAGAAUUGAAAUGUUGAAUGAAGUUAUUGGAUUAAUUAGACAAGGAAAGUUGGGCGAUAUUGCUCAUGACGAGGUUAUUUGGGGAAAUUCAAAUGAAAAUGAUGAAUCUUUGAAAAUCAAAUUUUUGGAUGUUUUAGAUAAAGCUAAUACGGGAUUUCAUGGCAAAAAGCAGAUCUUAAAAAUUCAGCUUUAA